AUGCUUCGCACUGAACAGGAUUUUACUUGCCAGAGGAGACACUUGCGGCUUUUCUCGAACCUGCCCAGGUCGCAGAUCCUUCUGCGAGCCCUGCGCGAUGUCAACGUGCCAAAGUUCCUCAAAGACGAUUUGCCGCUCUUCGAGAACAUCAUCUCCGACCUUUUCCCUGGGGUGGAGCGCCCCCAGAUGGAUUAUGGCAGGCUCGAGGAGGCAUGCCACACCGAGAGCUUGGCGCAAGUCUUGCAACCGACCCCAUACUUUGUGAAGAAGCAGUUCGAGCUCUUCGACAUGAUCCAAGUGCGCCAUGGCAUGAUGCUGGUGGGCCCGACCGGUGGUGGAAAGACAUGUUGCUACCGCUCGUUGCAGCGGGCUUGCACAUCCCUGAUGGAUCCCGCCAAGAAUUCUUCGCCCUAUCAGAAGGUCCAUGUGCACUGCUUGAACCCGAAGUCCAUUACGCAGAACCAGCUCUAUGGCUCCUUUGAUGAGAUCACUCGUGAGUGGUCCGACGGCGUGGCUGCCGAGGAGAUCCGCAAUGCCACUCGGGAUGCCGGACAGCCGGACCAUCACUGGGUGAUGUUUGAUGGACCCGUGGAUGCGCUGUGGAUCGAGAGCAUGAACACCGUGUUGGACGACAACAAGAAGCUCUGUCUCGUGAGUGGAGAGAUCAUUGCCCUCACGCCACAGAUGCGCAUGAUGUUCGAAGUCGAGGACUUGGAAGUGGCUUCUCCUGCUACGGUUUCUCGCUGCGGCAUGAUCUACAUGGAACCGGAGAGCUUAGGCCGGCAUUGGGAUUCAGUGACUCCGUCCGGGGAACAGGAGCAGCUUCAUGGUCUUAGUGAAGUCUCUGCAGAGGUUAAGCUCGCAGCAUUCGGCCUGCCCACACAUCUGGCAACUGCCGCCGCCUUUUUCGAGGAGUACAGAGCGGUGAUAUGGGUGCGUUUGCUCCCUUUCCUGGCAGACGCCGUGGCUGACUGCUCCAAGAUGCUGCAAGCACAUCUUCAUGCCACGGGUUCCUGCCACACGCCCGGGUGCCAUCGGUGCCCAUCCGGCCUCAUUGGCCCAGAGUCUGCUCCUGGCGGGCGCAGCCUAGACUUUGGUACCUCAACCUGCCGCUUGGCACUCGGCUUGCUGGCUGCCUGGCACAGCCCUCGUCGCACCCUGGGUGCUUUGAUGCCAGACGGGGAGGCCUCCGUCCUGCCCGCAGAGGACUACAAAUCCGACCCUCGCCUGUCGCCCUAUCGGGCUGACCUGAUCACACAGAAUCAGAAAGGGCAGCUCCAGUAUGAGUCUGAGCUGCGGGCGAAGGCCCUCUCGGAGCAAGGCCUAGCUCUGGACACGCCGUGCAAGUGUGACGUGCACUACAGCUGGGCCUGUCUGGAGCGGCUGAGUCAGGCCAAGGACCUCGGCCGCCGCGUCACAGUCGGGAGCGUGCUGCUGCCACCGUCGGCUUCGGAAGCCGAGACAAGGCUUUCGCUGCGCUGCUCUUCCUCCGUCUUCAAAGCGCGUGGGAACCUCAUCGAGGCUAAGCUGGCACUCAAGGGAUCCCGGAAGAACUUUUGCCGCUUCGUCGUGGCCUACCCCAUGUCAAAGUGCUUGGAUGACCUGUCGCCACCUUUCUUGGUGAUCGACCAGGUCAGCUCAAGCCACAGCUUGGGUCAAAUUUUGCGCACAGCCUUCCACUUCGGGAUCGACUCCGUGGUGCUCUCCGAGGGCGCGUGGGCCUUCAUGGACGGCCGUGCGUUCCGGGUCUCCAUGGGCUGGGCCUAUCACUUGGACUUUCACGUGGCAGCUUCCUUAAGCACCGUGUGCUCAGAGCUGGAGAAAGGUGGCCUGGAGCUUUUCGCUUUCAGUGAGUCGCCCUCCGUUCCGGAUGUGAAGGCGCAGCCGGCAGAAGACAGGAAGUGGGCCCUUCUGCUUGGCUGUCAAGACCACGAGGCUUCCUUGGGAAAUUCCGUCUCUUGGGUUGGUGUUCCUCACCACCUGGAAGGGACGAUGGAUCUGGCCCACGCUUCUGCGAUCUGCAUGUACGAGCUGGCUGGCUUGAGCUCGCCAGAUAUCGAGCGACGAUUGCGAAAGUACUCCGAGGCCCUUCUCCCGGCCAGUGUGGCCUAUGUCCGGAAGUGCUGCAAGGAGGUGGUGCAGACGCAAGACACGAAUCUGGUGCAGUCCUUGUUCCGGAUGCUUGACUGCUAUUUUGCUCCCUUCCAGCCCACGGAGCUGCGGCCGGCCGCUGCCUUCAAGGAGGAGGUCGCCGAGUUCGUGUCCCACAUCACUCCUCUGUUCUUCUUCGCGAUGGUGUGGUCCGUCGGGGCCACGUGUGAAGGUUCCACACGGCCGGCUUUCUCCAAGCUGAUCUGGGCCAUUCUGAAUGAGGAGAAGCACGAGCGGCUCGAACUCGAGGUCCAGGGCAUGAACGUGGAACUGCCGCCCGUCCAGGAGGGUAUCAAGCUGGCUGGUCUGGAUGUCGGCACAUUCAUCUACGACUACUUCUACGACAUACAGAAGAGCCAGUGGGUUCCCUGGAUGGAGACGAUCCCUGCCUUCGAGAUUCCCCGUUCCGCACAGUACGAUGAGAUCGUGGUUCCGUCUGUGGACUCCGUCCGCUUGGUCUACGCCUUCCAGAUUCUGAUCACCCACGACAAGCACGUCCUGUGCCCCGGCCCCACGGGAACUGGCAAGAGUGUGAACAUCUCCAUGUGGCUGCAGAAGCAGGCACCAGAGCACUUUCAAGGCGUCUUCGUGAACUUCUCGGCCCAGACGCAUGUCAACCAGUUCCAAGACCUGAUCGACAGCAAACUGGAGAAGAGGCGCCGUGGAGUAUACGGCCCACCGGCCGGCAAAAAGAUGGUCCUCUUCGUGGAUGAUCUGAAUAUGCCUCAGAAAGAAUAUUAUGGGGCGCAGCCGCCCAUCGAACUGCUUCGGCAGUGGCAUGACCACGGCGGCUGGUACAACAGGAAAGAGCUGAAGAAGUUCGACAUUACCGAUAUGAUCAUGGCUUCUGCUAUGGGGCCUCCCGGCGGUGGACGCACCUUCAUCACCGAGCGUCUCAAACGCCAUUACAAUGUGCUGGCUUACUCGGACCUCCAGGACGAAUCCAUCUCCCAGAUCUUUCGGACGAUUGCCAGCUACUUCUUCGCCGGGUUCGAUGAGUCAAUCCAAGCAACCAUCCCUUGCAUGAUCAUGAGCACGGUGAAGAUCUUCAAGCAAGCGCUGCAGGAUUUGCUGCCGACCCCGGCCAAGUCCCACUACCUCUUCAACCUGCGUGACAUCUGGCGUGUCUUCCUCGGGCUUUGCACUCUGAGCUCCAAGAAGGCGAACCAUCGGGACAUCGUGAUCCGUUGCUGGUGCCACGAGAUUCAGCGGGUCUUCGGGGACCGCCUGACAGAUGAACAAGAUGCGGGUUGGAUGCAGAAGCAGAUCACAAGCUGUCUCGAAGAGGACUUUCAGGUCGAGGUUGAGAACAUCUUCGUGCGUGAGAGGCUGCUGUUCGCCUCCUUCCUGAAUCAGGAUGCUGACCAGCGGUACUAUGAAGAAGUCACCAACAUUCAGGCCAUGAAAGAGUGCAUUGAAGAGUACCUGGAGGAGUACAACAGCGUCAGCAGCUUGCAGAUGCCGUUGGUGAUGUUCUUGGACGCUUGUGAGCACUGCGCUCGCAUAUGUCGUGUGCUGAGUCAGCCGAGUGGCAACGUCCUCCUCCUUGGGGUUGGUGGAAGUGGGCGCCAAAGCUUGACACGGCUGUCCACCUACAUGAACGAGUGUGAGUGCUUCCAGAUCGAGGUGGCCAAAGGCUAUGGCAUGUCUGAGUUCCGGGAUGACAUUAAGAAGUGCCUCAUGAAGUGCGGGGUGGAGGACAAAGUGCAGGUCUUCCUCUUUUGCGACACACAGAUCGUAAAGGAAGAUUUCGUCGAGGCCAUCAACAAUGUGCUGAACAGCGGCGACGUGCCGAACCUCUAUGCUAAUGAGGACAUGGAGUCCAUCUCCGGCGCAUGUCGCCAACUAUGUCAGAACAUGGGAAUGCAGCCGAACAAAGCCAACCUCUUCAGUGCCUACCUUUCCAGGGUCAAGAAGAACGUUCAUGUCGUCUUGGCGUUCUCGCCAGUGGGUGACGGCUUCCGCAGCCGUUUGCGGAUGUUCCCCUCACUGGUCAAUUGUGGCGACCUCAGCUGUAAAUGA